CUAUGAACUUUGAACCUUAGCGGUGUACUUGUUGUGUACAGUGUACUUUCGGUCCUCCUCUCAUUUCGCAUUUUGGUUUUUGGAUUGUUGUUGAAAUAAGACAACGGUCCGAGGCCAGUCAACAGGGAACAUUAGAUGACCUCUAGUUUUAGACAUUUGCAUUAAAUUUAACUAUGAAAGUGACAAGUGUCUUUCGCCCUGAUCUUUUUGCUGGAAAAGCUGCAAUUGUAACUGGUGGUGGCACAGGAAUAGGAAAAGCAAUUACGUACGAACUCCUGUAUUUAGGAUGCAAUGUCAUGAUAGCUUCCAGGAAGCUGGAACGUCUUGAAGAGGCUGCUAAGGACAUGAGGAAAUGGCUUUCUGAAACUGGAAGGAAAAACAGGCUGGAGUUUAUGGUGUGCAACAUCCGCAAAGUGGAAAGUGUCCAGGAACUUGUAUCUACUUCAUUGAAAACUUUUGGUAGACUUGACUUCCUGGUAAAUAAUGGUGGAGGCCAGUUUAUCAGUCCGUCCGCCGACAUUUCUCUCAAAGGUUUCACAGCAGUUGUGGAAACCAACUUGACUGGAACAUUCCUCAUGUCCAAGGAAGUCACUCUGGCGCUGCGCGGGCAGGAGUGGACAACUUGACCAAGUCGCUGGCCUUGGAGUGGAUCAGCAAUGGGGUCAGGGUCAACAGCGUGGCACCGGGCAGCUCCAUCUACUCUGAGACGGCCGCCGCAAACUACGGCAGUGCUGACAUCUUUGAGGCCGUGAGGCUGCAGGUUCCAGCACAACGGCUGGGCACUGUGGAGGAGGUUUCCACUGUGGUGUGCUUCCUCCUGUCUCCCAGCGCCAGUUUUGUGUCUGGCGUGGCAGUUCCCGUGGACGCCGCCCACAGUCUCUACAUGCAACCAUCGUUCCGGGUCCCAGAACACCAGAACAUGCCGGAGUACACAUGGGAGAAAGAUCUGGCAGAGCAACAGAGGUCAACUUUGGGGUCAGCAAGCAAAGGUCAAGUCAAGGCGAAGUUGUAGCACUCAAAGACAUUUUAGCAGAUUGAGGGUUGAUUGCUCAAAGUGCUUAUCUUCAAAGUUCUAGAGAUACUCACUUCGUGCACUGAGCGGACAUCAGUGUUGAAUGUUGUGUUCUUCCAAUUACUAUGACUGAUGGGCCAUACCAUUUAGUCAUCUUGUUAUGAAAGAAAAUGUCAUUUAUUUAUUUUUUAUUUCACCGAACCCUGGUUAUUAAAGGGGACCAUCAGCCUAGCU